CUUCACAGUGGAAGUGUCACUCACAAGUUAGAAGCCGAAUCUGAGAGUGAAACAGAGCAAGAGAAGAAAAGAAGAAGAUGGAUCAAUUCAAAGGCCAACCUCGUCUUCCCAAAUUCGCCAUUCCAAAACGCUACGACAUAAGACUCAAACCGGACCUCAUUUCCUGUCGUUUUGCUGGUUCUGUUGCCGUCGACCUUGACAUCGUCGCCGCCACCUCUUUUAUCGUUCUCAAUGCCGCCGAGCUCACCGUCGCUGCCGGUUCCGUUUCGUUCACGCACCGUGACUCUUCGAAGGUGAUCAAGCCUUCGAGAGUUGAGUUGUUCGAAAGUGAUGAGAUUUUGGUGCUGGAGUUUGCAGAGGCGGUUCCGAUUGGGUUGGGUGUGUUGGCCAUUCAAUUUGAAGGAAUCUUGAAUGAUAGAAUGAAAGGGUUUUACAGAAGUACCUAUGAGCAUAAUGGUGAGAAGAAGAAUAUGGCAGUCACACAGUUUGAACCAGCUGAUGCCAGGCGAUGCUUUCCUUGCUGGGAUGAACCUGCAUGCAAGGCUACUUUCAAGAUCACUUUGGAUGUGCCUUCUGAGCUUGUUGCUCUGUCUAACAUGCCUGUUGUGGAAGAAAAAGUAGAUGGAAGUCUGAAAACUGUUUCAUAUCAGGAAUCUCCAAUCAUGUCUACAUAUUUGGUUGCUGUUGUUGUUGGUUUAUUUGAUUAUGUGGAAGAUCAUACAUCCGAUGGGGUCAAAGUUCGAGUAUAUUGUCAAGUUGGCAAGGCAAACCAAGGGAAAUUUGCACUACAUGUUGCUACGAGAACUUUGGAACUAUACAAGGACUAUUUUGCCACACCCUACCCUCUACCAAAAAUGGAUAUGAUUGCAAUCCCUGAUUUUGCUGCUGGAGCCAUGGAAAAUUAUGGUUUGGUUACAUAUCGCGAAACUGCUUUGCUUUUUGAUGAGCAGCAUUCUGCUGCUGUUAACAAGCAGAGGGUUGCGACUGUUGUUGGCCAUGAACUGGCUCACCAGUGGUUCGGUAAUCUUGUUACAAUGGAGUGGUGGACGGAUCUAUGGCUGAAUGAGGGGUUUGCAACAUGGGUAAGUUGUGUUGUGUCAUAGAUCCAUAUAUUGUUGUCAUUCCAGAGUCUGCUUGUCAAUUUUCUUUGUUUUCACUUUUUUUGUUUCUUUAAUUUUAUAAGUUAACUAAUUGAAUCUACUGAGGGUCUCAGGUUGGAUGGGCUUGCAGAAUCCCACCCAAUUGAGGUAGAAGUAAAUCAUGCUGGCGAGAUUGAUGAAAUAUUUGAUUCAAUAAGUUAUAGAAAAGGUGCAUCUGUAAUUAGGAUGCUGCAAAGCUAUCUUGGUGCUGAAAGCUUUCAGAGGUCUUUAGCUUCGUAUAUUAAAAAGCAUGCUUAUUCAAAUGCCAAAACUGUGGAUCUAUGGAAUGCACUUGAGGAGGGAUCUGGCGAACCUGUCAACAAGUUAAUGAGCUCGUGGACAAAGCAGAUGGGAUAUCCUGUUGUAUCAGUUAAAGUCAAUAAUCAGAAACUGGAGUUUAAUCAGUCGCAAUUCUUGUCAAGUGGUGCCAACGGAGAAGGACAAUGGGUUGUUCCAGUAACACUGUGCUUUGGCUCAUAUGAUGUUCGCAAGAAUUUCCUGUUGCAAGCAAAAUCUGAAGCACUUGACAUUAAGGAGUUAGUGGGUUCACAGAUUGCUGGAGAUCAAGUUGCAAAUUCUUGGAUUAAAGUUAAUGUGGAUCAGACAGGUUUCUAUAGGGUGAAAUAUGACGAGCCUCUUGCGGCUAGACUUAGAUAUGCCAUAGAUAAACAGUUAUUAUCUACAGCAGACCGAUAUGGAAUUUUGGAUGAUUUAUUUGCACUUUGUAUGGCUCGCCAAGAAUCAUUAACAUCGUUGAUAAACUUGAUGGGAGCUUACAGAGGGGAAGUUGAAUAUAUUGUGCUUUCAAACUUGAUUUCUAUUAGCUAUAAAGUCAGAAGGAUUGCAGCUGAUGCAGUACCAGACUUGGUAGAUUAUUUCAAGCAAUUCUUUAUUAACCUUUUCCAAUACACUGCGGAGAGGCUUGGUUGGGAACCUAAACCAGGAGAAAGUCAUCUCGAUGCAAUGCUGAGAGGAGAAAUUUUGACUGCUUUAGCUCAGUUUGGACAUGAUCCGACUCUAGAAGAAGCAAACAAGCGUUUUCAGGCAUUCUUGAAUGACAGAAAUACACCACUUUGUUCACCUGAUAUAAGAAAGGCAACAUAUGUGGCAGUAAUGCAACAGGCAAGCAAAUCCAACCGAUUGGGUUAUGAAUCCCUUCUGAAAGUAUAUAGAGAAACUGACUUAAGUCAAGAGAAAAUACGCAUUCUGGGCUCCUUGUCUGAUACACCUGAUCCGGAUCUAGUUCUUGAAGUUCUUAACUUCAUGCUGUCUCCUGAGGUCCGUAGCCAGGACGUGAUUAUGGGGCUUCCUACUAGUCCGGAAGGACGAGAUGUAGCCUGGGAAUGGCUUAAGGAAAACUGGGAACGCAUAUUGAAGACAUAUGGCUCUGGAUUUUUGAUAACUCGGUUUGUCAGUGCAGUUGUCUCACCGUUUGCUUCCGCUGAGAAAGCGAAGGAAGUAGAGGAAUUCUUUGUUAGCCAUGGUACACAGUCAAUUGCUAGGACGUUAAAGCAGAGUCUGGAGAGGGUUAACAUCAAUGCAAACUGGGUUCAGAGUGUUAAGAACGAGAACAACCUUGUUGAUGCUGUCAAAGAGUUGGCAUAUAGGAAAUACUAGCAGUGAGCUUCACUGCUUCUUCCUCCAUUCUCUGAAAAGUUUCAGAGUUUCUCAAUGUUUGUGUUACUGCUGAGCAUGUUAACAAGUUAAGUUGUUCUAUAUUCGAGUCUUCUUAUUCACACUUAAAGUUGGACUUUCUGGGAGUUUCUUUGUUAUUAAUGCAUGAGACCGUUGAUUUAAACUA